AUGACUGCUAGUGAGGCGGAUAUCCGUGACUUACAGUCAAAUGUCCGUAAAGUACUUACUUCGACCAAAGACCCACUGGAAAAACUCAGAUGUCAAUGUUUGUUGCGUGGAGCGAAUGGUAUCUAUGGAUUUGGAAAACAAUUUCGUAUCAUGGAUGACGAUGGAAGCAAGUCUUUAUCUAAAGAAGAGUUCAAGAAGGGUUGCCAUGAUUUCGGCUGUAACUUAACUCCAGAGGAGGUUGAUGUGCUUUUCAGAAUGGUAGAUAAGGAUGGCAGUGGUACAAUAAUUUUCGACGAGUUUCUACGUGCUUUACGCUUGGAUGAUCUACACAACGUGUAUCAAGUUAAAUAUGAUGCCAAAUACACGUCUGGGAGAGCGACUGAAGAUCAAGUUCUAAGAGAGUUUCUAAAAACAUUUGAAAACGAGAAGUCUGUGGAUGGUGUCGUAAGUAAUUUGGUUUGUUCACGUUUAUUGAAAUCUCUAAAUCUUACCAAACGUUUGCAAUUUUGUGUAUCUCUGUGACUAAUUUAGAAUCAAUUAUCUUAGUGGUAUUAAUUUAGUUUGAGUUGUAUGAUAUUUUGUAAUUAAGAUUAUGAUUGUUAUAAGAAAUCAAGCAAAACCCGUCACCAUCACUAACCUGAUGUUUACGCCCAGAACCACACUUUGGUAUUAUUAGCCGCAUGAUAGCCCUGUGAACAUUGAUAAGAUGAUUUUUUAACUGUGACAUAUCGGUUUAUAGUUUUACGGUUGACUGAAUUAGUUUUUUUGUUGGUAAGCUUAGGAGAGACUGUUUUCCAUAAGAUUAUUUGUAGUUAUACCACUUAGGUACCACUUAAGGUAUUUUUAAAUUUUUUGGUUUCCCGAAGGUUUGAUCUUACGAGCAAGAUAAUUCCUGGUUGAGAGCGGUUGAAAAGAAGCCGAUUUGGUCAAAAGUUUCUUAUUAUUGCCAAGACGGUUACCUGGGAAGAAUUUCUGAAUUACUACAGUGGUGUUAGUGCGUCGAUAGAUUCGGAUUCCUAUUUCGAACUUAUGAUGUGGAAGGCAUAUGGUUUAUGAACCCAUACUUUAUGUAUUCAGUCAUGAAGUAAUAUAAACACGACCUUUUCUGUUGGGAAUACUUAUUCACUCCAGAUAUUGUUAUUGUUAUCUAACAGGAUUACUGCACCGAACGUGAUAUUUUUGAAUUAUUUUAUUCCUAGAUAUUACUAUUAUCAUUGCACUAUUUGUUGUCGUAGAAAGCAUAUUCCAUUGAGUCAUCAUGUUUAUUUUCAGAAACACGCUUCGAUUAGUAGUCUUCUAGUCUCUUUCAGGGGUAUAUAAAAGAUUUAUUUGUAUUUCUAUUUCAUGCUAUUUUAAAGAACCAUUCAUUCUAUUGGUAUUUGUCUUCAACUAUAUGUUAGAUAUUAGAACUGUUCUUUUUCCCUUACACUGUUAGAUUCUGGUACUUAAUUUCCUGACUCUGCAGCUAUAUUGUGCUUGUUUGAUGAUUGUUUUAAUAAUAUUUUGGACUUUUAAACGUAUACUUUCUGGAUUUUAAACCUAGGACCAGUUAAAGUGUUUCUGGUGAUUGUUAUCGUGAAUGAUUCCAUAUUCCAAUACACUCCACUGGACAUCGGUGUGAACUGUGACGUUUGGUCUGCAUAGUAUUUUCACAAUUAUUUUUGAUGACGAAUAUCUGUAGUAAAACGAAGGUGCAAUAUUAAUUUUUAAGUACAUGAAAUUACAUAAUUUAGCUAUCAGUAGUUAGCGACUAUGAUUUAUAUGGUCACGUAUAUUCAAUAAAAGUAGAUUCGAUAAACCUGUUUUUAAAGGAUAGUCGUUUUCUAAUCAGAACAAGUCUCCUUGGUAAAAACAUUAAGGUUUGUUAACAAAACAUCUAACCAAG